AUGUCUAAAAAGCGAAAGAAGUUUGGAGAUUGGGAUGAUGUAAAUAUGGAUGAAGAAGAUGAGAAAUAUCAUGAAGAACUGGAGGAACAAUCUGGUGAGGAACGACUACAUCAUAAAAAGAUGUUUGAAAAACGGAAAAAAGAAAAAGAGAAAGAAAAACAACGAAAAUCAUCCCCAAAACGAUUAAUGCUAUCAAGUGGUGUCAUUAUCAAUACUGAUAGUAACAGAUAUGAAAUUAUUGAAUUAUUGGGUACUGGUGGUUUUGGUGAAGUUUAUAAAGUACGACAAAUUAAUAGUAAUGAUGUAUUUGCAUUGAAAACUGAAACGAAUACACCGAAAAAAACACUCAAUCGAUUAAAAAUGGAAAUGACUAUUUUGCAAGAAUGUGAAAGUUUACCGGAAGAAAAACGGAAACAUUUUGUUAAAAUGAUUGAUAAAGGACGAACGGAAUCAUUUAAAUUCAUUGUGAUGCAUUUGGUUGGUACCGGUAUUGAUAAACUUCAAAAACAACAACCUAAAAAACAGUUCACACUUUCCACUACCAUAAAAAUAAGUCUUCAAACUUUGGAAGGAAUAGCAGAUUUGCAUGAUCUUGGCUAUCUUCAUCGAGAUAUUAAACCACAGAAUUUUUCUAUUGGUUUAAAAGAAAAAGCAAAUGUUAUUUAUAUGCUUGAUUUUGGUAUUGCACGGCGAUAUAUUGAAAAAGAUAGCAAAGUGAUGAGAUUACCGCGAAAAAGUGUACGCUUCCUUGGUACAGUACGAUUUGCAUCACGAAAUUGUCAUCAUUCACGUGAACAAUGCCGACGAGAUGAUCUUGAAUCCUGGAUAUAUAUGUUAAUCGAAUUUACAAAAUAUGCAUCAUUGCCAUGGUCAAGAAUUAUUGAUCGUGAUAUUGUUUGUAGGGAAAAGGAACGACUCUUUGCUGGCACAUAUACGAAACAUAUAGCUAGCUUACCGGAAGAAAUACAUCAAAUUUUGAAAUAUAUUAACGAAUUAGAUUUUCAAAAUACACCGGAUUAUGAGUACAUUGCAACAAUGUUGAAACGAGCAGCAACUCGUAAACGUGCCAGUAUUACGAUAAAAUUUGAUUGGGAAGACUCGAUGGAAGAGGCACUUACCUAA